AUGUCAAGCGCAAGGCAUUGGGAACAAGACAAAGAAGCUACAGUCUACAUCGGAAAUCUCGAUGAGCGCGUCACAGACAAUCUGGUAUGGGAGCUUAUGCUUCAAGCCGGACGCAUAGUUAACGUUCACCUCCCCAAAGACCGUGUCACUCAGACCCAUCAAGGCUAUGGCUUCGUCGAAUUUAUUGCCGAGGAGGACGCCGAGUAUGCCGCUCGCAUCAUGAAUCAGGUCCGGCUAUAUGGCAAGCCGAUCAGGGUGAACAAGGCCAGCGCAGACAAGCAGAAGACGGUCGAGGUUGGAGCCGAGCUAUUUGUUGGGAAUUUGGAUCCACUGGUGAGCGAGCAAGUUCUGUAUGAGACAUUCAGUCGAUUUGGAAGUUUGAUCGCUGCGCCGAAGGUCGCGCGAGACGACAACAACCUCUCCAAAGGCUACGGCUUCAUAUCCUUUUCCAACUUUGAAGCUUCCGAUGACGCCAUUGCAAACAUGAACGGCCAAUACCUCAUGAACAAAGAAAUCUCAGUCCAAUACGCCUACAAGAAAGACGGCAAAGGAGAACGACACGGCGACCCAGCAGAACGCAUGUUAGCCGCUCAGGCCAGGAAACACAACGUUCAACCCCAAGCUCAACCGCUACCAGCAGGCAUAUUCGGAGGUAUACCACCGAUGGGCGCCGCACCUCCACCAGGAAUGCCUCCACCAAUGACGGUGAAUGGCGGACCAGUCAUGCCGAACGGCACAUACAAUAGUGUUCCUCCACCUCAGCAUCAAAGGCCUCCACCACCACCUAGUGCACCACUCACUGCUCCACCAUCUGGUUUACCUGCCCGACCACCUCCGUCACAGGCUGGGUACGGCGGCCCUCAGGGAUUCAUGCCACCGGGCUUCACUGGGCCUCCGCAGGGGAUUGCACCACCGCCGCAAGGAGCCAUGCCACCUGGUUUUGGUCCACCUCCUGGGUUUCCGCAGCAGGUUGGUGGGCCGCCGGCUCUGCCGCCUGGUUUUCAGCAGCCAUAUGUGAGGAGGUGA